AUGCAGGAGAAGAAACCACUCAUCCCGAAGCCUUCCAACAAGCCGCGAUACGUACUCGUCAUACAUGGCGGUGCGGGCACAAUGUCUAGAGAGGCUUCCACGCCUGAGCGGGAAGCGCGGUACAAGACCGCGUUGAGCAGUGCUCUCCGCGCCGGACACGCGGUAUUGCAAGAUGGUGGAGAGGCAAUGGACGCGGCCGUCGCAGCCGUCAUGUCCAUGGAAGACUGCCCGCUCUUUAACUCUGGCAAGGGUGCUGUCUUCAACGUAGUAGGUCAGAACGAGCUUGAGGCCUCUAUCAUGCUAUCCAGGCCACCCUCUUCACAUCCAAAGAUCCCACACAAGAGACGUGGAUUUUCAUUGACCCUUCUCACACGCACACGCAACCCAUCUCACAUGGUCAGAGAGCUCUAUCUUUCUCCACAGAGCUCUCCACACCCAUUUCUUUCCGGUGCCGCAGCUGAAACUGUUGGCGAGACACUGGGCGAACAACUCGUAGACCCUUCAUAUUUUUUUACCGAGGCACGCUGGCGUGAACACCGACGUGGGCUCGGGCUGCCCGAAACCCCCUUCCCUCCAGGACAUGUCCUGUCUUCUCCACCGUCAGAGCUAAACCUAGACCAAUUGCCGACCGGCACGGUGGGUGCUGUCGCGCUUGAUGUGCACGGCUGCAUCGUUGCGGUGACCUCAACCGGUGGCCGGACGAACAAGAUGGCAGGAAGAAUCGGCGACACGCCGCAUAUGGGGGCUGGAUUUUGGGCGGAAGAGUGGAAGACAGAAGGGUGGAUCCGCCGUACCUGGAACAAGGCACUGGGACGGAAGAGUAAACAGGCCGUCGGUGUGUCUGGCACUGGGGAUGGGGAUUACUUCAUCCGACAGAACACCGCUUGUACGCUUGCCCGUCGUAUGCAGUACUUACACGAGCCAUUGUCUAAGGCAGCACAAUAUGCCGUGGAUGAUCUUCGCAGAGUCGGAGGUGACGGCGGUCUUAUCGCGGUCGAUAGUGAAGGACAUGUCGCGAUGCCUCUGAACUGUCCUGGCAUGUAUCGCGGGUUGAUUGGAGUGGACGGUAUCCCAAAAACAGCAAUCUUUAGCGAUGAAGAGCUAUCGUAA